AUGUCGGCCUACCGCGGUCGCACUGGGCCAAAUCUCAGUGAUUUUAUGAGCAAUCUCAACCACCUGUCGCCGCAAGACGAGACGUUCCCCACCGUCGAGUUCGACGACAACGAUCUUGCUAUGUUCACCAACACCGACUUUACGUCGCUCGAUAUGAACAUGCCCGACGAUAGCUUCAACUACAAUAUCAACGAUCCUCAAUUUGGCUCGGUCCCUGUCCAUACAUCGCCUGCCGACACUCCUCAGUACUACCCCAACUUCAAUACUCCCAUACAGCCUAGCCCACCACAGUUCACGCCCGCGCCAAACACAGCCCGUCCAACUCCGGCACCUCAGUCCGGCUCCGGAGUCAAGUCGUCAUCCGCAGACACACGUAGCGUCGUCAGUCCAGAGGACAGCUCUCGAGUAGCAGCUGAGGAAGAUAAGCGACGAAGGAACACCGCCGCCAGCGCCAGAUUCCGAGUCAAGAAGAAGCAGCGAGAGCAGGCGUUGGAGAAGAGUGUCAAGGAGGUCAACGACCAGAACUCGAAGCUCCAAGCACGACUAGACCAGCUCGAGAUGGAGAACAAGUGGCUGAAGGAUCUAAUUACAGAGAAGAACGGCGGUGCGAUUCAAUCCAGGGAGGAUAUUGACGAGGCCUUCCAGCAAUACAAGCGCGAGUCUGAGGAGCGACAGGACGUGAAAGAAGAGGCGCCGCGCGUCAAGGGUGUCGGCACCAAAUGA